GGAGGCUUCGUUGAUUUGUUAUUUUUUAGUUGUUCAAGUGUACAUUAGUGUUUAGCUUUUGGGAAAACAUCCAAUGUCCAUUCGUGAUAAGUUUCGUGAUCAAAUACAUGAUCGCAUUAAAGUUCUGGUUCUUGGAGACUCUGGUGUUGGUAAAUCAUGUUUAAUCAACUUGAUUUGCAAGACCAACAUGUGGUCAAAGCCCAGCUGGACAAUUGGUUGUUCAAUUGAAAUUUUACUUCAUCAAUUUAAUGAAGGAACGCCAAAUCAUCGAAGUUGUCUGAUUGAAUUAUGGGAUAUUGGCGGUUACAAGACUCAUUCCUCUGCUCGUAGUUUAUUUUAUCAAUCUUAUCAUGGAAUCAUCUUGGUUCAUGACCUAACUAACCGUAAAUCAUAUCUUAAUCUCCGUAAAUGGCUUGGAGAGGUACUCUGUACUUCGGAAACCAACGGAACCGUCUCGAAUCCAGUUCCAUCAUCGCCCACAUCUUCGGCAUUCGUGGCUUCAUCAUCAUCAUCAUUUUCUUCAACAUCAUUUGGUGGAACAUCUGCUACAAAUUAUCGUGAUCAUUCAAAUAUGUCUGGAACAUUCUCACCUACAUCAUCACCUCUUCUUUCCAAUAAUUCAUCAUCUAUUCUUUCUUCACCUGACGAAUUUGAUAUUGAAUUAUUUGCUGGUAGAAAUAUUCCAGUUCUUAUUGUAGGAACUAAAAAGGAUCUUCUUGGUUCUGAUAUACACCGACCACCUCGUCCAUCAACCCUAACGGAAGAGUGUGGUGCUUACGAAAUUGAAAUAAACUGCCUUGAUAAUAGAGCUUUUGCUCCUGGUUUAACAAAUUGUGCUGAAAUGACUCGAUUUUUUGAUAAAGUCAUCGAAAGGAAAUACACUCUAUCUGAUCGCCUUAAAUCAAAUAGUUUAUUAUUCAACAGCAAAAGAUCUUACCUUGAUUGAAGCUGAUUAUUUGAUAUUAUUGUUACCUAAACCUUUCAUUUCCAAAAAAACUAUGUGAUUAUGUUAUUUAUCAUUA